AGUGCCGAAGCCCUGAGCUCUGCAUUCCGGCGGAGCGCACAGGCACACACCGGCCACAGCUCAGUCCCGGGCCGAGAGACUUGUUGUAUAAAGUAUCAAAGUGAAGUUUAUUAUUUUUUUACACUCUGUGCUCUGUGCUCACUGUCGACACGUCGCUCCGGCUGUGGAAUGGUUUACGUUUCCUCUGAGAGCUGUCUGAACUGUGAGAGAAAGUGGUUUAUGUCCGCUCAUUAAGGUACUCGCCUUAGACACUGUAACUCCAGACUGUUGCUGCAGCAUGGUGAUCAUGACAGAGAACGGCCGGGGGGUUCAGUCCAGCCCUACCCAGGGAAGACCCCUGCAGGUCGGCUUCUACGAGAUCAUCCGCACCCUGGGGAAGGGAAACUUUGCAGUGGUGAAACUGGCCAAACACAAAGUCACCAAAACGCAGGUGGCCAUUAAGAUCAUCGACAAGACCAGACUGAACCCGUCCAACCUGGAGAAAAUCUACAGAGAGGUGCAGAUCAUGAAGCUGCUAAACCACCCACACAUCAUCAAACUCUACCAGGUCAUGGAGACCAAAGACAUGCUGUACAUCGUGACAGAGUAUGCAAAGAACGGAGAGAUGUUCGACCACCUGACCUCAAAUGGCCGAAUGAGUGAAGAUGAGGCACGCAAGAAGUUCUGGCAGAUUCUCACAGCCGUGGACUACUGCCAUCGACAUCACAUCGUUCACCGUGACCUAAAAACCGAGAACCUGCUGCUGGAUGCCAACAUGAAUAUCAAACUGGCCGACUUUGGGUUCGGAAACUUCUACAACGCAGGAGAGCCUCUGUCGACGUGGUGCGGCAGCCCGCCGUACGCCGCCCCCGAAGUGUUUGAGGGGAAAGAGUACGAAGGACCUCAGCUGGACAUUUGGAGCCUCGGCGUGGUGCUUUAUGUUCUCGUCUGCGGCUCUCUUCCGUUCGAUGGACCGAGCCUUCCUGCACUCAGACAGAGAGUCACCGAGGGACGAUUCAGAAUCCCUUUCUUCAUGUCUCAAGACUGUGAAAACCUGAUCCGUAAGAUGCUGGUGGUGGACCCGGCCAGGAGGAUCAGCGUGGCCCAAAUCAAGCAGCAUCGCUGGAUGCUGGCAGACCCGACAGCCGCCCAUCAGACCCUCAGCCAUUCCCUGACAGAGUACAACUCAAACCUGGGGGACUACAGCGAGCCCGUGCUGGGCAUCAUGAACACACUGGGCAUUGACCGACAGAGGACUAUCGAGUCUCUGCAGAGCAGCAGCUACAAUCACUUCUCUGCUAUCUACUACCUGCUGCUGGAGAGAGUGAGGGAGCAUCGCGCCCAGCAGCUCAGCCGCCAAUGUGGAACCUGGAGCCAGAGACCCAGGAGCACCUCCGACUCCACCGGCCCAGAGGUGAUCAUGGAGUCUGCAGACAGCUUCAGAACCACAGCGUUUUCACUUCCAGCCAAAAGCGCCCCUCCAGUGUACUCGGAGAAGGAGUACGAUCAAGGUGGAUUGUUCCAGCGUGUGGUGUUUCCAGUGGAGGCCAGCCUGAACAGACUGCUCUGGAACCGCUCCAUUUCACCCAACAGCCUGCUGGAGACGAGCAUCAGCGAAGAGGUGCGACCCCGAGACCUGGAGGAGGAGGAGGCAGCGACGCAAACCCUCGGCCCCUUGGUCCUUCCCACCACCACUUCCCGCAGGCACACUCUGGCCGAGGUGUCGGCCCGUUUCCACCAGUGCAACCCUCCAUGUAUUGUGGUCAGUCCCUCAGAUGGUGCCUCUUCUGACAGCUGUCUGAAGUCCUCAUCCAGUCCAGCUCCCUCUUUGCAGGCUGCUAUGGGUGACAUGUCGACACUUCUGGCCUCAGGGGCCGAUGGUGGAGCUCUGCUGCCUGCUGGAGCUCCUCUGGCCCUCUCCUCCCACCUCCUACCCCAGGCCCAAGGCAGCCUGCCUCCUGCCAGCUUCCAGGAGGGCCGGAGAGCCUCUGACACCUCCCUCACUCAAGGCCUCAAAGCUUUCCGCCAGCAGCUGAGGAAAAACACACGCACUAAAGGGCUUCUGGGAUUAAAUAAGAUCAAGGGUCUGACGAGGCAGGUUGUUCCUCCACCCUCCUGUAACCGCGGCAGCAGAGGGUCACUGGGUCCGGCCCUCUCUGAGCACCGCAGCAUGCUGGAGGAGGUGCUGCACCAGCAGAGGAUGCUACAGAUCCAGCAUCAACCCCAGCCACAAGUCCAAGCUGCUCCAACAGGACCUACGCAGAAUCCCCUGCUCUUUCUGGCCCAGCAGCAGUCACCCUCUCCUCCACCUACCACCGUCUUUGCUUCUUCCUCCUUGUUCGACACGCCCGCACCCUCCGCCUUGCAUCCUCAGCAGGCUUCAGUGAGUCUACAGCACGGCCCCUGGCAACAACAACCCCUCGAGACUCCGUCCUCCGGCUGCUGCUCCUCGUCCACCUCGUCCUGCUUCUCCUCUUCUCUCUCCCCCGUGGCCUCCGCUGCUUACCUCCUCGAGGCUCGUCUGCACAUCAGCCAGCAAACCCACCCUCACCCGCACACCAGCCUCCAACAGCAGCAGCCCCAGUCUGCAACUACACAAGGCAACUUCCACAUCAUGUCCAAACCGGCGGCGUGGAGCAUGGGCACUGCCUCCGGCGCAGAUCCCAACAUGCAGGAGCUGGGUCUGGCUGCGCAACAGCAGCAGCUCAGCAGCUGUGUGAUGGUGAAGUAAUACGACAGCCAUCGAGACCGCCGAUUGUUCUCUGCGUGGAAGACACUCGAAUCUCAAUGUAGAAGUGGUGAGAAAGAACAAAAAAAAGCAGAAGCGACAAAUUUGACACGUGACAGUGUGUCCACACGCGUGUGUGUAUGUUGUGUUUGCUUUUGAUAUCAUGUAAGCUAAAGACUAAGCAAUAACCAAACUCUGGACAAGGUGUUAAACUCAUAUCAGAAGGCCAGAGAAGCAAUAAUAGACUGAAAGACUCUCAUCCAGCUCCCUGAUCCGACGGACUCGGAGCUGACGAUACAAGCCGAUCUCACAUGUGAUGCUGUUUUGAAUACAGGAAGGCUCUUCCUCAUUGUUUUUUUUUUUUGUCAUUUCCUGUUCUCGAUGUUUUUCACUUGACUGGACAGAAGACCAAAAUUCUUCUCUUUUUUUUUUUUUGUCAUAUUUUUCCACUUCGAUCACCUUUUUUUAAAGAGACAUUUCUCUGUAGCAGCGCGUCGGACGUGCAGCAUAGUGCCCUAAGCUUCAACAAACGUUCACCGAAGGAGUUUGAUUUCUAUCGAAACUGUGAUUACUUUUUUUUUUGUUGUUGUUGUUUUUUUUUCAUCCGUGCGAGAUUAUCAUAGCUACGCAAACAUGCUGCUUUUACCUCAAGCUGCAAACAAACAAAAAAACAAACUGCUGCAUCCUCAUCAGCCAUAACUGAAGGAAGAUUAGUCGUCUUGCUGAUCGAGAUAAGCACAAACAGGUACUUCAAGUCAGCUUGGUAGCACCUUACACGAUGUGGAUACGCCCCCCCCCUCCGUUCGAUGGACACCUUCUCGUUAGAUGCUUCUACUACCUCCUCAGGCAACAAAACAUCGAUCCCAGAUUAUCAGAGGAAUUUUCUUUUCAUAUGGACAGAACAAAGACCGUGGGAACAGUGCAAUAUUUCACAUUGAAAUACAAAAAAGGAAAGACUCUACAUAGGACGAUCAAAAUGUACACGCGUGUUUGCCUGAGGCUUUCUUCUUUCCUGGCUAGCUGACUAGAACAGGUACUAGUUAUGUAACAUGCUAAAAAAACGAUACUGUAGAGAGGAAAAAAUACAUUUCAAGAUGCUCGUUAGUCGGAAGAAUUUUGGGUUUUACCAAAGAGCGAACAGCACAAGAGAUGAGCGAUGUAUCACAAAUACACUACUACUGACUUUACACUUUGAAUGCUGUCUCCAGAUGUAGCACGGUGGUUAAGCUUUUAGCAGUUUCACACGAUCUCCUCUAGCUUUUUUUUGCUGUGAGCCACCAAAAUCCUAAUGCUACAUGUGUGUUGUUGUUUCCUAUCAGGACCAUGGUGGUGUUUCAUUUUUUUGUACUUUUCUAGAAAAAGAAGAAGAAGAAGAAGAAGAAAAAACAAUCUGAUCAUAGCAAUACCAUGUUGUGCUGGAAGUUGAACUUUUCUUCAGUUGUUAGAAAUGUGUAGGAGCGAUCGGUAACGAGCUGAUUGAUUCUGUGCGGUCAGUACAGACGACGUAUUAGAGAGCGUGCAGGAGGUCUGUCGUGUCGUAGUUAGUCCUCUCAUAUCUGUGAAACUCGCUUCUACGUUGGAAACAUGCAGUGUUAAUAUUUAUAACCAAUUUAUCUUAUUUUAUUUUUGGUUGAUUGCACUCACUACCAACACUUGUGCCUUUAUCUGAACAAACUCCUGAAGAAAGAAAUCGCUCUGUUAUCGGUCGUUCACUCAGAAGCCCCGUCCCUCCUCUUUUGAUAUCCUCUCUCUGCUCUCUUCUCUGAAUCUGACCUUUGAACUCGCUGUGUGAACAGAAGAAAGAAUUGCACUUUAUUCAUGUUUCUUAUUGCUGAUUUUGUUUCUCAUGAUGGAAAGAAAGACGUCACAAAAGAACUGUUGAGACACUAAGACUCUUGAUGCAAAUCUCUAAGAUGACCCCUUUUUUUUUUUUUGAUAAUCUUUGGAUAA